AUGCAGGCAACGAGAAGUUAUGAGUACAACACCGUAUUCAAUAUCGGUUACCAGCAAGGCCGCGUUGGCCGGCGCACAAACCCUCGCGCGUCUACCAAAGAGCUCCCUGCCGCCAGUUCCUGGGGGGCCAACGAGCUGUUUGCGUUCCGGGUCGUAGUCGAGGCCGCGGACUCUCGCGUCCUCCCGCACUUGACGCCCGAGCGGCUGUCCAUCGAUGCUCUGAUUGCCCCCAACUCGGACUUGGCUGGGCUGGCCAAAUCAACUCCUCCUAAUCUGCCGCUAUCCGUUGAGAUGGAUUUGUCGACGAAGUUUGGGCAUAGUCUGGGCCAGUUCUGGGCUGCGCUGGCCGACGUCGUGGCUGAUGAGCCAGAAGAGACGGACGACCAAGGUGGUCUCGCGCAAGACGGGGUGGGAGAAGACGACGCCAGCACAGCAGCACCACCACCAGCAGCCAAGGACAGCCGCCCCCGAAACGGAUUCGCAGAAAAGCAGAGGUCCCAGACAUGGUGGAUGCGACGCACGCGCAGUUCGGCUCUUCAAGCCCUCGCCAAACCAAUUCCCAGGUCGGCACUGACGAUGACGCCUUCGUCCCGCCUGGUUAUGGCCUGGACGGGGCGCGAGAGAUCCAGACGGAGCGACUGGUCAUCUGUUUCACUGGAGUGCCGUGGCUGUCUGUCGGUCGGCGCGGUUACCGUCGGCGGCCGGCAGAUCCGGGCCGAAGACGACGGCGGCCUGCGUCUGCGGAUGCUGUCCACGGAGGGCGAGCAUGCCUACCACCGCUCGCGUGUUUCCGAUUGCUACCAUUUGCUGUCCGAGACCAAAAGGCGCUUUCAGCAUCAUCACGAGGGCAGGCCGCCUAUCUCUGACGCCUGGCUGGGCCAAAAGACGGCUGAAGCGCUUGUGGCGCGAUUGGUGCGGAGACCGGUUCAUCAAGAUCCGGUCGUCGUUGUCAUUGCCGCCGCACGUCGGUACGUACGCUUUCUCCAGUUUCGUAUCACCGACGAGUACCUUCGCGAUGUCGAGACGAGGAAACCGCAGCUGACGCUGCCUGUUACCGGGACCGUAUGGCUUGACUUGGGGAUAAAAUGGACAGGAAGAGCGCCGUGA